CAGGGACUGAAGACUCCCUCUAGGGCUUAGGAAGGAUGGGAGAAACCAGGGACAAAUGACUGCACUUUAUUUUGAUGUAACGCAUGUAGUCUAUUCUUAACGGCUCAUUAUUGAUACUUCUUUUUUAUAUGAGACCCCUCCCCUUUUCCUUUGGAGUAUCAGUGUGAGUGUGUUUUGUUUGAGAGUGGUGGCUCAUGUUAAAAGAGGCAGAAAGCUCUACUCCCAGGAGGAUUCAUUGCUCCUUCAGCCCUUCAUUGCUCUGCCUGGGUGACUUUUCCACCAGCUGUACCCAUGAUUCUCCAUAAAUACCUGCUGAAUGGAUUUGGACUUUAUUAUUUCUUGGCAUUGUUGACACUUCUUAUGACACAAGCUGACGCGCUGCAAUGUUAUGCCUGUAACAUUGUGCAUAACCAGAGGUAUGUGGACGUAGGCUGUUCCAGCCCCGAAGUCAUCACCUGCUCCCACUCCCACAAGGGCUUCAAGCAUCGCUUCUGCAUCAGAACAGAAAGUGUUGCACUGGGAGUCAUGCUGACUAGUGGCUGCGCAACAGCCCGACACUGCCACACAGAGGAGCUGCCGGGAGUCAACAUCCACUGCUGCGACUCUGAUCUGUGCAACAGCGCCACCCGCUGGCGGACAACCACACUGCUGCCUAUUUGCUCAUUGGCGUUUAAUCUGUUGUUUCAAAGGUUGAUACUGUGGACGAAAUAACUUUGAACUUGACUUCAAAAUCACGGCAGCUACGCUUCCGAUGCAAGACAUACAUACAGGAGGGAACUUGAAAAUAUAACUGUAAAAGAUGUGGUCAGACCCUGGAGUAUUAUGUGUGGAUAAACGAAACCUUCACGUAUCACAUCUGAUCUUCAGUUUAAAGUUAUCUUUGGACCAUUUUUAAAUCAUUAAAUC